AUGAGUAGUAGCAGUAGGAGAUCAGGUUCAAAUACAAUUUUUGUUGGAAAAUUAUCUUCUAGAGUUAGAGAAGAAGACCUCAGAGAUGAGUUCAGAAGAUACGGAAGAAUUAGAGAUAUAGAUUUUAGAAGAUAAAGGGGUUUUGCUUUUAUUGAAUAUAGCAGCUCCUCUGAUGCAAAAUAAGCCGUAGAAGACAUGGAUGGAUAGCGCUUCGAAGACACCCGUAUAGUUGUUUAGUACAAAGAAAAUAGAAGUGAUCGCAACAGAAGAGGACCAUCAACAGCUGAUGUUUGUUACAAUUGUGGAAGAAAAGGACAUUGGGCUAAUGAAUGUAAGGAAGGAAAUUGGAAUAACAGAUGUUAUAGAUGCGGAAAAAGUGGACAUUUAAAAAAAGAAUGCUCUUUGAGCAGAACUCCUUCAUCAAGAAGAGAAUCUCCAAGACGUUCAAGAAGAAACAGAAGCUAGAGUGGAAGUAAAAGUAAGAGUGUUAGUGACAGCAGAAGCAGAAGUAGAUCUAAAGAUAAAAAUAGAGAUAAAAAGAGAAGAUAAUCUUACUCAAAAUCUUCCUCUCGUUCUAAAAGUUCAAGAUCAAGAUCAUCAAGAAGAAGUUAUUCAAGCUCCAAGUCAAGAGCAUCUUCAUCAAGAUCAAAGUCCAGAUCAUCAAAUUCUUCCAAAGAAAAUAACAAGAAUCAAAGAAAGAGCAUGAGUGAGUCAAGAAGUAGAAGAAAUUCUAACAAUAAUAGAAGCUCUUCUCCUCCUAAAUAAAACUGA